AUGAUUUUCUUUCGGUCUGUUUCCUUUUCUUUCUUUUCUUUUGUUUUUGUCGCUUUAUCUCUCUCUCUCUCUCUCUCUCUCUCUCUCUCUCUCUCUCUCUCUCUCUCUUUCUCUUUUUCCUUAUUAUCUUAUCUAUCUAUCUAUAUAUCUAUCUAUCUAUCUAUCUAUCUAUCUAUCUAUGUUCAUUCAUGUCAAACUAUCAGCCUCUCAUCUACUAGUGUCCUCGCAAUUUGUUUAUAUCUGUUUAUAUAUCUCAGUCCAUAUCUAUCUAUCUAUCUAUCUAUCUAUCUAUCUAUCUCAAUAUUCCAUAUCUAUCUAUCUAUCUAUCUAUCUAUCUAUCUAUCUCAAUAUGUUCAUUCCUGUCAAACUAUUAGCCUCUCAUCUACUAGUGUCCUCGCAAUUUGUUUAUAUCUGUUUAUAUAUCUCAUUCCAUAUCUAUCUAUCUAUCUAUCUAUCUAUCUAUCUAUCUAUCUAUCUAUCUCAAUAUUCCAUAUCUAUCUAUCUAUCUAUCUAUCUCACUAUUUUCUUUCCUUUACCCUCCUUUCCUUCCUUCUUUAUCUCUUUCUUCCUUAUUUUUUGUUUCUUUACUUUCUUCUUUUCUUUUCCCUUCUUUCCUUCCUUCCUUUCCCUUCUUUUAUUUUCCUUCCUUCCCUGCUUUUUUCUUCAUUCUCUCCAUCCAUCCUUCCUUCUUUACUUGUUUUUUUUCUUCCUUCCCCGUUUUUCCUUUCUUUCUUUCGCUCUUCUUUCUUUCCUUUCUUCAACUUCCUUUACCCUUUUUUUCCUUUUCCCUUCCUCGUUUGUUCCUUCUCCCUUCCUUUAUCUUUUCUUUCUUUACUUGUCUGUCAUUUCUUCAUUUUUUCUUUUCUGUCUUCUCCUUCGCUUCCUUCUUUCCUUUUCCGUCCCUUUCUCCUUCCUUUGCACUUCUUUUUUUUUCCUUCCUUCUCUACUUUUCUCUUCCUUCCUUCACCUUUCUAUCUUCCCUUCCUUUUCCCUUAUUUUCUUCUUUCCUUUCUCCUCCUUCUUCCUUUCCUUCCUUCCUUCCUUCCUUCUUCCUUUCCUUCCUUCGUUCCUUCCUUCCUUCCUUCCUUCCUUCCUUCCUUCAUUUACCCUUCCUUCCUUCCUUCCUUUUCCCUUCCUUCUUCUUUAAUUUCCCCUUCCUCCUCUCUCCUUUCCUUCCUUCCUUCCUUCCUUCCUUCCUUCCUUCCUUCCUUCCUUCCUUCUUUUCUUUACACUGCCUUCUUUCCUUCUUUUUCUAUAUCUCCCUCCCUCUCAGCUUCUUCCCUUCCUUACUUUCCUUCCUUCCUUCCUUUCUUUCCUUCCUUCCUUUACCUACUUCAGGUGAGAAGAAAUCGAAAUAUCAACUGUGUCUUCUCCUUCACUUCCUUCUUUCCUUUUCCGUCCCUUUCUCCUUCCUUUGUCCUUCUUUUUUUUUCUUCCUUCUCUACUUUUCUCUUCCUUCCUUCACCUUUCUAUCUUCCCUUCCUUUUCCCUUCCUUUCUUCAUUCCUUUCUCCUCCCUCCUCUCCUUCUCCCUUCCUUCCUUCCUUUACUCUUCGUUCCUUCCUUCCUUUACCCUCCCUUCCUUUCUUUACACUGCCUUUUUCCUUCUUUUUCCAUAUCUCCCUCUCUCCCUCCCACCUUCCUUCCUUCUUUUCUUUCCUUCCUUUCUUUCUUCCUUUGCCUACUUCAGGUGAGAGGAAAUCGAAAUAUCAACUGUGUUACUUGA